AUGGUGUUCAAGAUUGGAAAGGGAACGGAAGAGGUCUUUGCGCUGCUAGUUCGCCAGUCCCAUCGUGGUGGCGGGAGUAUACUUUGGCAGUUGACAGCAACUCUGUGUUGCGGUGCUCGCUGCUGCCGUAGUUGCUGUGGUGAUUGUUGCCGUCCACAUCACUCAUCCUUCCAAGACCUCGCCGACGAUUUCGACGACGACGACAACGCAGACGUGCCUAUAUCACCGGGUUAUUCAAGCGACAUCCCAUCAUCGACAUCGCACUCGCGAUUGCCCUCUACCAGCUCGAGACGGUCGUCGUGCGGUGAAUCGCGUCGUGGAUCUACACCAGUGUCGGAGUACUCGAGUUCAGGCUACCGCCGGGGUAGUAGUACCCCGGUGCCUGUUAUUGACAUGAAACCUAUUGAGUUCUGGCCCCCUAAUACGAGCCAAGAACCUGUUCAACCGAGGCCACUGACCAGAAGGUAUACGAGUGAUCUAUCAUCUUUCGGCGAAGCAGAUAAGAUAGAACCAAAACUAUACGAAGUGAAUGAAAACGAAGAAGACUUGACGGACGAAGAAAAGGUUGCUAGAUUCAAACUUGGCAAGAUCCAUUUUGCCCUCAAGUACGAGGUGAAUGAAGGAAGGUUGAACGUCCGCAUUAUCAAGGCAAGGGACCUUCCACCACCUAUGUUUUACGAUUCCUCUAAGCAAGACUUAUCACAUUCCAACCCCUAUGUCAAAAUAUGCCUCUUGCCAGAUCAGAAGGAUGCCAGGCAGACCUCGGUCAAACGGAAAACACAGAAUCCAAACUUUGAGGAGAGUUUCUGCUUUAAUAUCCCUCACCAAGAGGCACAGCGGAGGAUGUUGCUUUUGAGUGUGCAAGACUUUGAUAAGUUUUCCAGACAUUGUGUUAUAGGACAGCACACCGUUCCUCUAGCGGGCCUCAACUUGGUGAAAGGUGGACAUUACUGGAAACCUCUUCAACCACCAAAUCAGAAUAACCCCGGUCGUGGGGAGAUACUUUUAUCUCUCAACUAUCUACCCAGCGCAGGUAGACUCAACGUUGACGUCAUCAAAGCAAAACAGCUGCUACAGACCGAUAUAGUUGGAGGUUCAGAUCCCUUCGUAAAGCUUCAAAUGAUUAGCGGUCAGAAAGUGGUAAAGACCAAAAAGACUUCCACCAAAAAGAACACCUUAGAUCCUGUCUUCAACGAGACCUUCAGUUUUCACGUGACACCGUCAUCACUGAAUGACGUCAGCUUACUGGUAUCUGUAUGGGACUACAACACAAAGAGCAGGGACUACUUCACUGGACAGAUCAUCAUGGGCAAGUUUGCCUCAGGUCAUAGUGAGGUCACACAUUGGCAACGCAUGCACAGUUCACAACGAACUCCGGUGGCUCAGUGGCACACUCUGAGGACACGUGAAGACUGUGAGAAGGUUUUACCACACGCCAUGAUGGUAUCGUGAUAGGAAGCGUAAUAAUCCGGGGACUCUUUCACAAUGUGAUUUUUAAGUCAUGCUGUAGUAACAACGCGCAGUUAAUAAACGUGUAAUGUCAGUGGUGAACUCGCGGUAGUGCGCGUCUCCCGCGCAUGAUCUGACCAAUGCGGGGAUGCGUUAUAUAUCACGCGCACAACUGGAAAAUUUAAGUGUGAUUUAGAGUCGCAUCUUAUUCUAUGUGAAACAGGGAUCCUGGAUGAUACUGAGUUGGGAAAGUGCAAUGGAUCGAUAGCUCAGGUGACACUAUUCGCAGAGGUAAUAUUUUGUCAAUGAUGAGGACACAAUGGAAAGAAGAUUCGAUGUUGAAUGGAAUGAGUACAGGUAACACAGAGUAGAGGUCAAAAUUUAAUGGCACUGACGAUAAAAAAUGUCUUUAUCGAAACUUAGAAGUCAUUUGGUACCCUGGUAUUAUAUUCCACGGCAGAUAAUAAAACACUUAUAACCACAUGACGAGAUUUAAAAAAAUCGUGGCGACAAGAAACAACUAAGGCAAUUGGAAAGUGUGCAAAAUGGUGUAUCACCACAAAGUUUGUUACUGGACGGUGCACGUAAAACCACAUAAACGACAAUUGAUGAAUCCACUGAUCUGGUACAAUGUGACAUUUCCCUCCAAGGGUAAUGUUUUUGCAACCCGGCGAUUCGAAUAUUGUCUAUUAUUAAACAAAUUUCUAAAACACCAUCAAGAUACGACUGUACACAUAAUUAUAACGCUAGUGUCAUAUGAAUAGUGUAAUGUGACACUGUGCAUGAUGAAUUGUAUUCAAUAGAGAGGUUUGUGUCAACAGAAUAUCUUCAGGUACAUUAUAAAAUAAUAAUGUUUUUUUUUAAAUGCUUAAUGUAGGAACACAUGCUCUUAAAAUGUAUUUUUUAUGAAAAGGGUAGAAUGAUGCAUUCUUUUUGUACUUUACAUUUACUACAGUCAACACAAGCUGGUAGUUCUAUGUUUCUUAUAAAAUGGUGUUUUUUUUUUUUUUCUAAAUUGUUAAUAAGAAGAUUACUCCGAUCAUCAUUCAAGUCAUCACGAUCUGCCAAAACAGACUUUACAAAUAUCCGUGACCAUGAUUAUAUUUUGGGAAAAAAGACAUGGUCUUGCAUAAUAUUUGACAAACUUCAGGCUACAGUUCCAAACCGACCGAUGCUAUAUCAUUUGUAAUAACGUUAACAAAAAUAUGUCGGUUUGGGGUGGAUUCGCCAGUUUGGCCAUUGACAUUUACUUACAGAACUGCCUUUUCAUUGGAAGCAAUAGGAUCGUAAAAAAUCUUGCCAAAUUAUUUUUAGAAAGUUAUUUUUUCUCACUAUCUAUUAUUUUGUCUCCACUUUUCUUCUUAAAUGUCUCUAUGGCAGUAGUUUGUUGGGAGAGUAAGAAAACGAAAUGAUAAAAUGCAAAUGUCUACAUGGUAAACUCCAUCGCGAGUUCUCGGGCUAGAUUAUGAUCUGUACUUUUCUGAAAGACGAUUGCCAGAAGAUAAUUGUCGCCCGUCAUGUCUUGCUAUUUUUCCUCGCACUCAUUAAAACGAUCUGAUUAUAGUGUUAUUGUACUCUAUCUCUCUCCAUGAAGGUUUCAUGAUAAUUAGGUGUAAAAAAUGACAACAGUGCUCGUACAAUUGGUAAAAGAGGUUUGCUAAUUUACCAAAAUUGAAUCUGUGAUAUGUGGAAACUCACACGAAAAUGUAAGAAAUGCUUAGAGUAAGUAAAUUGUGUAGUAAGUACGAAGAGUGAACUGAUACUGUAUUUCAAAGGGAUAAUACUUCCGAAGUAACAGAACCCCCUUACGAAUAUUAUAAAGGAGGAGAGGACUUUUUAAACGAAAGCUAGGGUUGUCCAAUUCCCCCUACCAGCCGC